AUGAUAUCACUCAAUAUGAUAUCAACAAUCUUCUUCGGUGCUCUAGCAGGCCUGACUGCAGCUCAAUCUCCCGGUGACCAAUACACAGGAGUAGCAGGAAACAGCACCAUCGCCGGCUGCUCCCCCGGACCCAACGUCCAAGGCAAAUACGAGCUUUCAGCCCCAGGUAUCCGCGCAAACUUCAUAGCCUACGGUGCCUCCAUCUCCAACCUCUUCAUAAACGAUACUUCUGGUAUUGAACGCGAUAUUGUCGGAGGCUUCGAUAACGCGAGUUAUUAUGGAGUAGAUAGACAACAUCCGCAUUUUGGAGGUGUACCUGGUAGAUAUGCAAAUAGGAUUCGAAAUUCGAGCUUUGUUAUUGAUGGCGAGACGUAUCAUGUGUUGUCGAAUGAAAAUCCGACGAAAGAUCAGCCGGAGGGGGUUGAUACGCUGCAUGGGGGUCCGCAUGGUUGGGAUUGGAGGAAUUGGACUGUGGUGGCGCAUACGACGAAUUCGAUUACUUUUAGUUUGACCGAUGCAGAUGGAAAUCAGGGAUUUCCGGGAGAGGUCGUUAGUUAUGUGACAUACACAUUGACUAAUAUGACUUGGUCGUUUAAGAUGAUUGCUAUUGCUACUACGAAGAAAACUCCUAUUUUGUUAAGUUCGCAUACAUACUGGAACCUCGACGGUUUCGCCAACAACGAAACAGCUACCGCUCUCAACCACUCUCUCUAUUUACCAUAUGGAGGACAAAGAAUCGGCACAGACAGCAUCCUCAUUCCCACUGGAGACAUCAUCGCCAACCAACCCCAAUCCCUCAAUGAUUUCUGGAGCACCCCCAAACAAAUCGGCGCCAACUUUUCCAACCCAGAUCUACUAGGAAACUGCGGCGAAAACUGCAUCGGCUACGACACCGCCUACGUCACUAACCGCGACCCAUCUACUCUUUCCUCCUGGUACGAAGCCCCCGUCGCACGUCUCCGCUCCGCCUGGUCCGGUAUCCAACUCGAUAUUUUCAGCGACCAAACCGCUUUCCAAGUCUAUUCGUGCGGCGGACAAAAUGGCUCUAUGGCGCUCAAGGAAACGCAGGGAUUAUUCAAUGUAACGGAUAGACCGCGUACGAUUCAGCAACAUGGAUGUGUAGUGAUGGAGGUUGAGGAUUGGAUCGAUGGGAUUAAUCAGCCGGAGUGGGGCAAGAAGCAAGUUUGGGGGCCGGAGGAUGGGCCGUAUGUUUUGGAGGCGAAGUAUAGGUUUAGUUUGAAUGGAACGGAAAUGGGGAUUUUGGGAGAGGGAUCGGGUUAG